GUAGAAGUAGGGAGACAAGAUGGUGUUCCUUGUCAACAGAGGGAUCCUGACAUGUUGCGUGUUAAGAAGGUGGACUCAGUAGCGUUUAUUACUUUGGUUAUCAACUUCACAGUGCAAACGGAGAGGAAAUGUGAGAAAAUAGGCAUCAGCGUUUGUUCUGCAGCGGCAUUGCACGGAAUCCUGUCGAUGAACGCUCUGUCCACACAUGCACCUGCGCCUGGUUGUGAUUUGAAGUGGGAUGGUUGUUUGAUUUAUUUUUUUGUAUUAUUUCGGGUCACCAGCCCCUCUUCCCGCAAUGGAAUAUGUUUUGUUUCAAUACCCUGUACAGUAAGCGGGCGGCAAUACACCAAUAGGUGUAGUCUGCCAUAAAAACGUAAAGAAGAUCAAAGCACUGCAGCCGGAAGUUCGAAUCGCUUUGUUCCGGUCGCGUUCACACACUGCAGCCACAGGUCUUUGCUAUUUGUUGACAGUAGCAUAGCUAGCCAGUCUGAACGGCUAUGUCAAUAUUUUGUUGACUUAGCCAGCUGAAGCGUUGCUGUGAAAAUGAGUUCUCCAGGGAAUCGACACGGGACAAAAAGACCUGGCUCUCCAAGUGAAGAUGGACCUACACCAUGGGAAGCUGCAGAUCUGGGGGACAGUGAGAGAAAGCAGAAGUUUUUGCGGUUGAUGGGUGCAGGGAAGAAAGAGCACACUGGGCGCCUAGUCAUUGGAGAUCACAAGUCAACAUCCCAUGUCCGCAGUGGGGCGGAGGACAGGAGGAUGAACUCUGAGCUGGAGCUGCAGUACCAGCAGGGGCUGGACGGGAAGCUGUCAGGCAGAAACAGGAGACACGUCGGCCUGGGCUUCAGUGAGCCUGAACCAGCCCCACCUUCCCCACCUGCAGAAAGCCAAAGCAAAGCAGAGCAACCAGCCAGUCCCAAAGCCCCAGACAGCCCUUCGGAAAACCAGGAGUCACCAGAGAAAUCCCUUUCACAGAGCCCAAACGGCAGGACAGAGCCCAGCGCAAAAGACAAGAGGGUAGAAGACAAGAAACACAAAAUGGCCUUUGUGAAGUCAUCCUAAGAAUGGGCGAAAAACUAAAUCACUUUUUCUAACGUCGAACCACAGAUUUGUAAAUAUGUUCUUUUGUCUCUGAAGUACUUGGUAACUUCAUGGUUUAAGAAUGUAUUUUUUUUAAUGUUUCAAUGCUGAGCAGCGUACUACUGUAGGAGGUGACGUAAUCGUCGAUUGAGACAGAUUCUUCCCAUUAUUUUGUCCAUUUUUAGGAGUUCCUAACUGGAAGAGGGACUGGUCUGACGUGUUUUUAAUGGAUCUGAGAUGAAGCAAAGGCUUUAAUUAAGUUGUAUUGAAUGAAACCUAUUGGCUCGAUAGCUCUUUUACAGUCCUGUUCAAAUGUCUCACCAUCAGUAAUAAAAGGUACUUAAUGACAAACUGAA